GUCCCUGCCAGGACCAGUGCACAGCUGACCUGCAUCCUCCCAAGGUCCAGAAGACUCGUGACUAUGGCCUACCACAGCUUCCUGGUGGAGCCCAUCAGCUGCCAUGCCUGGAACAAGGACCGUACACAGAUCGCCAUCUGCCCCAACAACCAUGAGGUGCACAUCUAUGAGAAGAGUGGUGCCAAGUGGAGCAAGGUGCACGAGCUUAAAGAGCACAACGGGCAGGUGACAGGUAUCGACUGGGCCCCUGAGAGUAACCGCAUUGUGACCUGUGGCACAGACCGCAAUGCCUAUGUGUGGACGCUGAAGGGCCGCACGUGGAAGCCCACGCUGGUCAUCCUUCGGAUCAACCGAGCUGCCCGCUGCGUGCGCUGGGCCCCCAAUGAGAACAAGUUCGCCGUGGGCAGUGGCUCCCGUGUCAUCUCCAUCUGUUACUUUGAGCAGGAGAAUGACUGGUGGGUGUGCAAGCACAUCAAAAAGCCCAUCCGCUCCACUGUCCUCAGCCUAGACUGGCAUCCCAACAAUGUUCUCCUGGCUGCAGGCUCCUGUGAUUUCAAGUGUAGGAUCUUCUCUGCCUACAUUAAGGAGGUGGAGGAACGGCCAGCCCCUACACCGUGGGGCUCCAAGAUGCCCUUUGGGGAGCUGAUGUUUGAGUCCAGCAGCAGCUGUGGCUGGGUGCAUGGUGUCUGCUUCUCUGCCAGUGGGAGCAGGGUUGCUUGGGUCAGCCACGACAGCACUGUGUGCCUGGUAGAUGCUGACAAGAAGAUGGCCGUGGCAACUCUGGCCUCUGAAACCUUGCCACUCCUGGCCAUCACCUUCAUCACAGACAAUAGUCUAGUGGCAGCGGGCCACGACUGCUUCCCGGUGCUGUUUACCUAUGACAAUGCUGCAGGGACGUUGAGCUUUGGUGGCCGACUGGAUGUGCCCAAGCAGAGCUCCCAGCGUGGCCUGACAGCCCGCGAGCGCUUCCAGAACCUUGACAAGAAGGCCAGUUCUGAGGGCGGUGCGGCCACGGGUGCUGGCCUGGACUCACUGCACAAGAACAGCGUCAGCCAAAUAUCGGUGCUCAGCGGGGGCAAGGCCAAGUGCUUGCAGUUCUGCACUACCGGCAUGGAUGGUGGCAUGAGCAUCUGGGAUGUGAAGAGCUUGGAGUCAGCCUUGAAGGACCUGAAGAUCAAAUGAGCUGCCCUCAUCCCAGCUGCUGAGACAGAGGGCACAGGGGACUGGGGAGGCUAAGGGUUGCUUUGCCAAAUGCUUCUAGGGUACAGUAAGGUCCGCACAGAGGUGCUCCCCAAGUGGGGGAGGAAACAGGUGGGGAAUUUUCCUACCUAUUUAAGGAAAACAUGCCUUUUAAAGCAAUGCUUUUUUUUAAUUGCAAAACGAAACAAAAGCACAAUGCUGGUCAUGAACUGCUUCAAAAUAUUGGGUAAUAAACAUGCCAUCUGUAAA